CGCUUACCCCACAGACAUACGCAGACCGGUCUAGUAUGACGGCAAGCGACAAGGAGUUCUUCAGCAGCCCGGGGGAACCGCCGCCGUCAAAUUCGGUAGAAGCGGCUAUGGACUACUGGUAUGCUUGGGGCUCCUGGGGAGAAAGGGCAGAGCGGGGUGAAGUGCCUCGUGCUGCACUAGGUGGAUGUUUGGAGCAGCGACAAUUUACUAUGUCUCACGAGGAAGGUCUCAUCGACUAUUCGGACGACGAGCUCCAACAGACCGCCUUGCCAGCCUGGGAAAAGGUUACUGACAUCUGUUUGAUGGGACUCGGGGCCUCUUCUUUUUUGGGGCUUUAAUAUGUGAUCUCAGCAAAGAAUAGGGGUCUGUUGUCGAUGGUAAUAGACCACGGCAUGGACUGCGAACUCGUGCU